AAAGAAAAAAAUUGGCUAUUUGCACAAAUGUAUAUAAAUACAAUGUGUGCUUGUUGGGGUUUUUUUGGCCUGUAGGAAGUGCUGUAGCCUCAGUAGCUGUUGAUCCUAGUGGUCGUCUCCUGGCUACCGGACAAGAGGACUCUAGCUGUAUGCUGUAUGAUAUUCGAGGAGGACGAAUGGUACAGAGCUAUCAUCCUCAUUCCAGUGAUGUUCGUUCUGUUCGCUUCUCUCCGGGGGCACACUACUUGCUCACAGGAUCAUAUGAUAUGAAGAUAAAGGUGACAGACUUGCAAGGGGACCUCACGAAGCAGCUUCCUCUGAUGGUGGUAGGAGAGCACAAGGACAAAGUUAUUCAAUGUAGAUGGCAUACACAAGAUCUUUCCUUCUUGUCGUCUUCUGCAGACAGAACUGUAAGCCUUUGGACCUACAAUGGCUAGAGUGCAAACAAAGGCAACCUAUGCAGCUAAAGCACAGAGACCUGAGGCAACAGAACUGUAAAAAGAGAGUAAGAAUUAGGCAUUGAGAGAGCAGCAGUUGAGCAAGAGAGUGGCUCGCCAAGAGGAGGGGCACUUGUCACAGAUUUUUCUGGUUUCUAGGAGGUCUUGGUGUUUUUAGUAUAUUCUUUUGCAGUGCUUUCAGUCUUCCAUGUGAACUCAUGCUGCUGUGACCUAUUGUAGUCUUGUUGCCAAAGUCUAUGAGGAGAACUCUUACAUUGUUGAUGUGCACUCAAAGUAACAUGAAUGAUGUGUUUACAGUUUGGUAUUAAUUGCAUUCCUUGGUCUUUGCCUCAAUGAGAAUUUUCUAUAGAAACUUAAGUUGAAUAACACUUUAAUCAAGUCUGUAUGUAACU